UUAGACCCAACUCUGAACACGUGUGGUUACUUCACGAAGCCAGUUGUCUUCAUCUGCCUCUUACGUGGAUGAUGUACAUGUCUAGUAAUGUUCGACUCCUCCCGAUGGUUCCAGUCCAAGUGACAUAAACAGACCGCUGGGUUUAGGUCCUUGAGCACGAGGAGCGCUACCGCGCUCUCGAGUGAUCAAGGGAACUCUUCAACUCCCGAGACUUUGAUUGGUGGCAGAAUCUGUUCGUCACUAUACAAUUCGAGCUCCUUAGCUCUUCGAUUAGACGUGAGGUGACGAUCUCGCCGGUCGAGAGUCGAGAGCCUCUGGUGAUUUUGCUUCAAGGAAGGAGCAAUUUGUUAGAGCGACAGGGACAUUAGGUUUUGGGAAUGAAUUUUUGGGAUACAUAAUUGAGUUCUUUUGUCGACUUUUUUAUGAUUAUGUGUGUAGACUUGGGAGCUUAUCGUGGUUAGAGUCGGAGACAUUAGUCGUUGGUUGGUGAGGUACCGAGUGAGUUUGACAGACUGCGUUAGGAUGGGAGGAAGAGCACGGGUGCUUAGAUAGGAGACGCAGAACACGAUUACUGGACCGAGGAAGUCUCCAAUAACUUGAAAUUUUGAAGGAUUCUGUGUUUGGAGGCAUCAGGACUGAAGGCAAGUGCUGUGAGGAAAGCAGGUGUAGAUUAUAUUAUUUUAGUACGCGCAAGUGCAUGGAGUUGGCGGUUUGUGGCAGAAGAUGUGGGGGCACUGAAAUUUUACAGGGUGCGGGGGCUAGAGUAAGAAAUGUAGUGAAAGGUGAACCUGCAGUUUUUUGGGGUGGUUCUCACGAACAAUCAUCUCCGAAAUUUAUGCUGCGUUUACAAUUCUCGGGACUACGUGCUGAAAGAUUUCCUGUUUACUCCCGCAAUCCUCAGAUUCGGGGCGUCAAAUGUAAUCAACACUCUGGGUUUCAAGUGAAGAGAUGGAGAGCACAACUGGGCGAGCAGAACAAAGGAGCAGAACAAGCGCAUUUUACAAGUGUACUUUGGGAGAAAGUGAAGAAUCCCCUUUUCCAAAAUAUUCAAUAUAUUCAAGAGAGAACGAUUUUCAAGACGAAGACAGUGGAGGUUGACAAUGAUGUUGAAAAUUCUAUAGCAGAAACAAAGCUCUACUUUCCGCAUGACCACAGUUUCAGUGUGGAAACGUCCAAUGGAGCACUUUCUCCUGCAGCAAUAGACUGCAUCGAGCAGUUCAGCCGGUUAAAUGGACUGACAGGCAGACAGAUGAAAGCCAACUUUGAAUCCACAGCACCACCUUUUGUCCGAAGUGAUGAAGCCAGAAAUCUUGUCGAGUUUACAUGUUUUCGAUUUCUGUCGAGAUGUAACGCGGAUUUUCAUCCAUCUUUGAAGGACACAGCUUUUCGACGUCUUACUUUUAGUGCCAUGUUAGCAUGGCAGCGGCCUUACAAAGAGGACAUUCCAGAAACUGGCACAGUACACAAUGGCCUACCUAGAGUUGGCCUGGUGGGCGAGAAAGCGUUCUCCCGUAUCGCUCCUGCCAUAGCUGGAGCGGCAGACCGAGCAACCGCUCAUUUCCUUUACAAUGCUUUGAAGGGAGGAAAAGAAGGGUUGUCUUUUGACAUUUGGAAUCGCUACUGCGCAGAGCUCUGCAAAGUACAUAAAGGGCGUGAGCUACAACAAGAGCAGGAAGGAGCAAGGUUGGACCUGGGACAAGGAGAGCGCAUCAUCUGUGUGGGAGCUGAUUCAAGACAACCUGUGCAAAAGUGGAGCAAGGGUACAGCUUGGCCUGGAAGGUUAACACUUACAGAUCGUGCUCUAUACUUCGAGGCGAACGGUCUAACUCAUCACCAAAAGGCUACGAGGAUAGACCUUACGGGCCCUGAAGUCCAUGUUGAUUUGAAGAAGGUUGGACCUUUUGGUGUGGAAGUUUUUGACUCUGCCAUCUCUGUUGCUUCGAGCCCUGAAUCUGAACCUUGGACUUUAGAGUUCAUCGACUUUAGUGGCGUAAGUAGGCGGGAUAUCUGGUUUACUAUUUUGAAAGAGAUAAUUGCAGUAUACGCAUUCAUUGCUGAAUAUGGUGUAAAGAAGGAGGAUCCCCUGGUGAAAUACUUUUAUGGAGCGAAGAACGGCCGGAUGAAAGCUAUCAGCAGCGCGAUAGCAGGGAUCUCUCGGCUACAAGCGCUUCAAAAUGUGUUCGGGAGAUUACCAUCUAAGCCCGAAAAUCUACUCCAAUUCUCUUAUCUUCGGAAGGCUCCAAGUGGGGAUCUUGUGCUCCAAGCUCUAGCAGUUUCAUUUUGGGGUGGACGAAUGGAGGGCAAGUCAAGGGAUUUAGACUACCUGGCUCUGGGCGGAGGGGAAGCUGGAGAUGAAACUCUGGGGUCGGGUCCAAAUUUGAUUGGCACAGACGGAACUGUCUACCAUCGUAAUUGGGCAGUGUCACCUUCUUGGAGUACAGGAAAAUCUAGCGCUUUUUGGCGAGCAAGGUCUGGGUAUAAAGGCCUUGUUCUUGGGAAAAAUCACGUCGUUGGAGGGAUGACACAGAUAGAAAGGGCAGUCAGAGCUUGCCGGGAGCAAGCUCAAUUAGCUGAGAAGACCCAAGCCACCAUUGAUGGAGCUCUUCUAAAAGGCGUCCCUAACAACGUUGAUCUUCUCAAGGAGCUGCUUCUGCCGUUUUCUGUACUCGCAGUGAACUUGAAGAAAUUACGACGUUGGGAGAAUCCCGGUGCAACAUUGUCAUUUCUCUUUGUGGCUUACGGGAUCAUCUACAUGAAUUGGCUCCGUUUUGUCUUACCAACAAUUCUACUGUCUGCUGCUUUGGGAGUUUACGCCUUGCGAACCUUGAAAACUCAAGGUCGGUUGAGGGAUGACUUUGGGAAAGUAACUAUCAGGGAACAGCCACCGACGAACACAAUUCAAAAGAUUUUGGCACUGAAGGAGGCUCUGAGUUCUCUGGAAGAUUUUCUGCAGAACAGUAAUAUUAUUCUGUUGAAACUCAGGACAGUUGUACUGUCGAGAGAACCCCGAGUAACGAACGAGGUUCUGAUGGUGUUGGUAGGGAUGGGAGUAUCGAUGCUGGUUGUACCUUUUCGAUACCUAUUGGGAAUGUUCAUAUUGGACCAGUUCACAUGUGAACUGAAGUUCAGAGAGAAUUCCGUGAGACAAUUCUUCACCUAUCUACGGGACUGGUGGAACACCAUUCCAGCUGCACCUGUGGAGCUCCUCCCUCCUGAAAGUAGUGAUACCGGCGAUUCCAAAUCGGAGCAGCAGAACUCACCAACUCGAGCUGAAGCCGUGAUGCAGGCUAUGUCCGAGUGGCUCGGUGAAGACAGCCAACUGAGCCAACUGACUGGUGGAUCGUCAUGAUGUUUGUAUCUGUUUCCCGAUCAUGAUCGGAAAUGGAGAUGUAAAAUUGUAAUUAGUUUUCGGGUUGAGAUGAUGGCAUUCCCAGCACGGCAGGAAAUCGUCAAUCGAGCAGGGGCUGAAUUGUUUCGCGCAUUCUAGCCUGUAAAUUAUUUUUGCCCCCUUUUUAUUUUCUCCUUUACUCGGGGGUUGCAUCGAAAGUUCAAGUCAUUAAUGGAGUCUCAUUGUUAAUUCCACGAUUUAUUUGUAAAGAAGGAUUUGAUCAGCU